UGUGCAUUAAGUAAGAAUUAUUUUGCAUGCAAAACAUGAAAACUAUUGGUCUAUAAUUGGGUUUGAUACAUUUAAACUCUGCCAGCAAUUUAAAAUCUUCAACAUUCAAAAACUUCGAGCUUAUCCCUCAGCAUACACGUAUUCAUGCUCAAUCUUCAUAUUAGAUUAUAAAAAGAAGAAACUCCAUCAUCUAAAAUAUCCUGUCCAAAAAUGGUAAAAAAAAUCCCCAUUGUUUGCAUGACAAAGCAAAUCAGCAUUAUCUCUUGACGUCCAUUUAAUGGGGUCCAUGCGUAGCUUGGCUUCUGGGUUGCAUGUCUGGAGAAAUCUGCAUCAGGAAGCCAGCAUAAAGACUUCUGUUGUCUCAUUGUCCGAGAGAGAAAAUAAAAAUAAAUGUGAUAUAAAAGUGUCCUUGCCUGGAUUUGAUCUCUUAUUUACAUACAGCGUAGGCAGUAUACAUUACAGGAGUGGCUGACAUUGCUGCUGUGAAAUCCGUGAGGUGUACAAGUUCAUCAAGUCUGUGCUGGAUAUAUCUGUGUAAGGAUACUUUUUGUUUUGUGAACCACCAACGAGGCAAAUAUUCUGACAGAUUCCAAACAUCAAACGCUGUCUCAAGUGUUGCGCUUUUUCAAGUUGGAUGUACUGCAGUUUUUGCUCAUGGUUGGGAGUUUUUUAAGUUUUGUUUUUGUUUUAUUUUAGUAGAGGAUUAUAGGGUUCUCAGCUGCAGGUUUUUAAAAAGUUGACAUAUACAAACUUGUAUAUAGCUGUGCACACUGAAGAUGUGGAAGCAACUACUUAUCAUUGGAACGUAUAUAACCUUAUUUUUUAAAGCAGAUGGUCAGUGCAUUGAGGUCAUGUACUCAAGACCAGAACUUGGAGUUGAACAGGUCCCUGAAAAUUCAAGGGUUGGUGCUGUGUUAGUGAGAUUCCAGCCUUCAUCGACAGCCUUCAAUGUUCAGUUAGAUAGAAUGUCACCAGUGGGGAAUACUCCUAGUGGACUGGUCACUCUGGAGAGUUUAAACAGAGGGCUGGUGCUAAAGCAACCAUUGGAUCCCAAUAAUGAUGACAGUUAUCCGGACACGUUGAGAUACACUAUCCAGAGCAGCUGUACCACAGUGGGUUAUAGUGGUGCACAGGUUAGAGUGCAGCAGGCUGCUGAUGUGAUAGUAAAUGUAGUGGAUGUAAAUGAAAGCCCCCCUGUCUUCUCAGCAUCCAAAUACUUCCUCAGUAUCUCAGAGUUAUCUCCCGUGGGUACCACAAUUAUGAACCUCAAGGAAAAAGUAAAUGAUCCUGAUAAAACUGGAGGAAAUGUGCGCUUCUAUAUCACAGAUUCAAACAGUGGUCACUUUGCCAUACCUGCCCCAACAGCAGGAAUGGUGACCGUUGUCCAGGAGCUGGACUACAGCAAAGGUCCAGGGACCUACAGCAUCCUUGUGAAAGCUGUGGAUGAUCCAGCCUAUGGCCAGCAACCCCUCUCUUCCUCUGCCACUGUUGUGAUCAGGUUGGAAGACAAGGACAACAUGAACCCAGCCUUCACUCAGAAUGCCUACACUGCCUCUGUCACUGAUAAGGAAACCGGUGUGCUAACCACAUCACCAGCUCCCAUUCAUGCCUAUGACCAGGACCUGCAGAUUAACACUGCUGUCAGGUACCAGAUUAAGUCAGUGCACCCAACUGAGUAUUCCAGCAACUUUUUGAUAGAUGACAUCACUGGCACUAUUGGUAUAGCAAGGCCACUUACUGGAGCCUCUCAAGUCACCCUUACACUGGGGGCUUACCAAUUAGACAACCCAGUCACCAGACAGGCACUUGCAGUGUUGGUGAUCACUGUCAACCAGACGGAGACUACCACUGCUGCAUCAACAUCAACAGCGUCUACCACAUCAACAGUACCACCCACCACGCAGCCUUCUACUACAGUGACAACUAUAUUACCUCCUCUGCCGCAGAGCAUAGCUUCUCAGCUGCAGUGUAUAGAAGUGAUCAGCCAAGGAGUAAGCAGAACUUCACAAACUGUGCACUCUGUUGAUUUGCCAGAAAAUAUGGCCACAGGUUCUGUGUUAGCUCAAAUAAGACCUUCAGCUGGUGUGAUCAAUGUCACAUUAAAUCAGUUACAAGCUGUGAUUCCCCCUGAUGCAGAAUAUGUUACCCUGAACACCACACAAUGGAGACUAAUUCUGAAAAAUCCACUCGACAAAAACAAUGAUGAUACUUUUCCAUCAUCCCUACAGUACAGACUAUUUUCCACGUGUUCAGUGUCUGGCUUCACUGGUUCUGUUGACAGUAUUACAGAUGUAACUUUUAACAUCAAUGAUGUGAAUGAAGCACCACCAAAAUUUACUAAAGACUCCUACAAUAUUAGCAUGGAGGAGGGUACUGUUCCUGGAACAUUUGUCUUCAACUUUGGAGACAAAGUCAUGGAUCCAGAUCAGAGUAGAACUCCUCUCAGCUUCAAACUGCUGAGUAAUGGGGAAGGUUACUUUGGCCUGCUGGAUAACACUUCUGGUAUUAUCAUGACUACUAAGGAACUAAAUUCCUAUGGGGGAUCCACGUCCUUUACCUGUGUACUCGAAGUUGCAGACAAUCUUGGGCAGGCUGGUGCUCUCAGCUCUAUUAGUACUUUGACAAUUACUGUCACAAAAACCAAAGGCAAGCAUCCAGUUUUCGCCAGAAAAUUAUACACAGCAACAGUAGAAAAUGAUGGCCCUUCUGUUGUUUCUAUACAGCCAGAAAGCAUAAGUGCAGCCAAUCCCGAUGGGUCAGUUGGCACUCAAUUAAAAUAUAGUAUCGAUACAGUGGUACCAGCAGACCUCCAAGAGGCCUUCAAAAUUGAUGUCACCUCUGGUCAACUGACACUCAAUUCCUCUCUGGGAGAUAUUCUGUAUUCUCAGGCUACCCUUGUACUCAAAGUAUCUGAAGGGGACACAAACGGCACAAAAGCAGAUACAACUAUUGUGAUUGUCACUUUUAAUAUUCCAACACCAACCACAGCUGCAACCCAGGGAAGUUCCAGCAGCACAGCCAGCAGUGAGUUCACAUCACAGUCCACAAUUGCUGUAGCUGUGACAGAUGCCACAAUUGUGUUAGAUGAGAGGGGCCCCAGUAGCACUGAUAGCAAUGAGGGUACAACAAAGCACAACACCACCACAGGGUACAAUGGGCAGCAGCGUAUCACGGCCAGAGCUGAACCCUUGUCCACCAUGAUAAUCAUAGGAGUUGUGGCAGGGAACUUGCUGUUCUUCCUAAUCACCAUUGUAGUUAUUAUUGUGGUAUUGCAAAGAUGGCGGAGAAAUACCAAGUCGCCAUCCUCUGAGGAACACCGUAUGUCAUUUAGUGUCCUUAAUGCCGAACACAUGCCCGAUGAUGCUGCCAGCCAUUACGAGGACCUGGACAAAGUGAACUACUUGUUGAGGAGGAUGAAUGCGGAGGAGUAUUUCCAACAUCCCAAUAGCAUGUACAACAUGAGUGCUGAGGACAGUACCAUAGCCAGCACCACAGUCAGCUCUCACAUACAGCCCAGUGAGCACUCUCAACACACGUAUCCAAGACAAGCAUCGAUGGACUCCUUCAAAGCAGCAGCAGCCACUCCCCCAGACUACUUCCCCCCACCCCCGGAUGAUCUCGACAACUUUGAGAAAUGGGGUUUCCCCGACAACACAAACACAUGGCAUCCAGGCUACGAUCAUCCUCCCAUUAGUAGCUUUGAUACUAAAACAUGGUCUGCUGCCAAGAAGCCCAACACAGAAACUGGGCCUAUAUCUGCAGGCUACUACGAGAUUCCUAGAGAAACUCUUGACUAUGGAGACGUGCCUCCACCACAAACCUCCAGCAAUGGCAAACCCUUGCAAGAAUCUUUUACUGCACUAUAAGCCACUCAAACAGAUUCAUGCAUGGUUUUCAACAAUUUCCUGAGACUUGCCUGUUAUGUACAUUUAUUCUACCACAAAUUUGGACAUUACACUUUUUGCAAGAUUCAUAAUGUUCAGAUAUUAAAAAUACUUUAUCACAACUCUGCUUCCAGAAUUUUGAAGCAUUUUUCUGUUUCACAUAUCAUGACAAAAAUAUUAUUUCUUGAAUAUAUAAUGAAUCAAUAAAGUUUGAAUUUAGGGAGUUAUUACAUUUAGCAAGGGGUAGUGACAGACAAUAAUAUUUGAGCAGAACAUAUCAGAUGGAUUUUUUUUUAUUAGAGAAACAAUUUUGCUGGUUAUCACUACUGAGAAUUUACAAGCAUGAAUCUGUAGUUCUGAGUGCAUGCUUAAUCUUAAUUCAAUUUUCCACUAGUGAGAGAUGCAUGUGAAAAGGUCCCAGAUUUCUGUUUAGAAUUUUUAAAAGCAUGUUUGUAUUAUUAACAGAAUUAUUGAAAUUUCUCGCAGAAGAUCAGUUCCACUUUAUUUCUAAUUUGGUUGAACUAUAAUUAUGCCAUGACACAUUUUUGUAUCACUUUUGAAAAUAAAACAUGAAAAAUAUUUGAAAGUCACAUGAACUUUCUUCUUUGUUGAAACUUGUGGUUGCAGAAAACUCGAAAAUAACUUGACAGUUAAGCAAACUUGUCAAUACUUGCUUUUAAAAUUUUGAUAAACUCUUACUGUAACAAAAAAUUCCUCACCAAGUCGCUUGUAUUCAGAUGAUACUACUUUCUCACUAUUACCUACAUAAUAAC